AUGGCCUGGAAAAAGCUCUCCUGCAGCCACAUCUUGUGCACCGCUUGUAUUCAAGUGAUGAUGAAGCAGCGCCAGGCUGAAAUCAUAGAAGAGACUCACGAGCUACUUAGUCUUGAAAACGGCGGGCGGAAAUUUAUCUCCUGGCGCACCAAAUACCCGAAAGUAAACGAGUCCGAUCCCGCUGAAAUUUGCCCGUUUUGCCGCCCAAAGAAAUGA